CGCCGCCGAGAGACGGUUACUCCAUUUUACGCCCCCCUCACCGGAGCCGACCAUCCCUCGUAUCCGCCCAGGCCCAGCCGCCCCUCACCCCCUCCACUGCCCGAGCUGAGCAGCCGCCGCCCCCGCCGGGAGGAGGAGGAGGGGCCCGGGGACCCCCCCACCCCGCCCGGAGCAGCCGCCGGGGCGCCCUCCCACAGCCCGUCACCGCCAGGGACCGUCCCUCUCGAGUAGCUGCCAGAGCUGGGGCGGGAGCAGCCGCCGCCGACCCCGCCAGUGGCGAGAGGAGGGGCCCGAGGGCCACCCCCGCGUGAGGAGAAGGGGCCCGGACAGCCACCGGCGGGGCGCGAUCCCCCUGGGCACAGGGGCGGCUUUGAGCAGGUUUUGUAGUGCUUCCCUGAGCAUGAGUUCAGAAUGAAGCGGCGAUUGGAUGAGCAGGAGUCACCGGUGUACACGUCACAGCAGAGACGUAUCACCAGCAGCACAGAAGCUUUCCAACACCAGCAGCGUGUGCUUGCUCCAGCACCUCCUGUAUAUGAGGCGGUUUCGGAGACCAUGCAGUCUGCCACUGGAAUUCAGUACUCUGUAACUCCCAGCUACCAGGUGUCGGCUGUGCCACAGAGCUCAGGCAGUCAUGGCCCUGCUAUAGCAACCGUCCAUAGUGGACAUCAUCACACUACACCAGUGCAGCCUCAUGGAAGCCAGGUGGUGCAGAGUCAUGCUCACCCGACCCCUCCAGCAGCACCAGUGCAGGGGCAGCAGCAGUUCCAGAGGCUUAAGGUGGAGGAUGCGCUGUCCUAUCUUGACCAGGUAAAGCUGCAGUUUGGUAGUCAGCCUCAGGUCUACAAUGAUUUCCUGGACAUAAUGAAGGAAUUUAAGUCUCAAAGUAUUGACACUCCAGGGGUGAUCAGCCGCGUGUCUCAGCUCUUCAAAGGUCACCCUGACUUGAUCAUGGGCUUCAAUACCUUCUUGCCACCUGGCUACAAAAUUGAGGUGCAGACUAACGAUAUGGUGAAUGUGACAACACCAGGGCAGGUUCACCAGAUCCCCACGCAUGGCCUCCAGCCGCAGCCACAGCCGCAGCCUCAGCAUCAAUCCCAGCCUUCAGCACAGUCAACCCCAACCCCAGCACAGCCUGCACCACAGCCACCACCUGCCAAAAUCAGCAAGCCAUCACAAUUGCAGGCACAUACGCCAGCCAGCCAGCAGACUCCCCCAAUUCCUCCAUAUGCAUCACCACGCUCUCCACCUGUGCAGCCUCAUACACCUGUGACAAUCUCUCUUGGAACCACACCAUCCCUGCAGAACAAUCAGCCGGUUGAGUUUAAUCAUGCCAUCAACUAUGUCAACAAGAUCAAGAAUCGGUUCCAGGGACAACCAGACAUCUAUAAGGCCUUCCUGGAGAUCCUCCACACGUAUCAGAAAGAGCAGCGGAAUGCCAAGGAGGCAGGUGGUAACUACACACCAGCUUUGACAGAGCAGGAGGUGUAUGCACAGGUGGCGCGCCUCUUCAAGAACCAGGAGGAUUUACUCUCUGAGUUUGGGCAGUUCCUGCCAGAUGCUAACAGCUCUGUGCUUUUAAGCAAGACAACUGCAGAGAAAGUGGAGUCGGUGAGAAAUGACCAUGGUGGAACAAUCAAGAAACCCCAGCUCAACAACAAGCAACAAAGACCCAACCAAAAUGGCUGUCAAAUCAGACGGCACUCAGGAACUGGAGCAACCCCACCAGUGAAGAAGAAACCAAAGCUGCUUGGUUUAAAGGACCAGUCAUUGGCAGAAGCCAGCAAACAUGGGGUGGGGACAGAAUCUCUGUUCUUUGAGAAGGUCCGCAAGGCUCUGCGUAGCACGGAGGCGUAUGAAAAUUUUCUUCGCUGCCUGGUUAUUUUUAAUCAGGAGGUGAUCUCCCGGGCUGAGCUUGUGCAGCUAGUUUCUCCGUUCUUGGGGAAAUUCCCAGAACUGUUCACUUGGUUUAAAAACUUUCUGGGUUACAAAGAGUCUGUUCACAUGGAGACAUUUCCAAAAGAACGGGCUACAGAGGGGAUUGCCAUGGAGAUAGACUAUGCCUCUUGUAAGAGACUGGGCUCCAGCUACCGAGCCUUGCCCAAGAGUUACCAGCAGCCCAAGUGCACCGGGCGGACUCCGCUAUGUAAAGAGAGGUUCUGA